ACAAGCAACUUUUAGCCACAGCCCACCAACAAGAAGAAGACACCACCUGCACUGACUUGGGGUCAUGGCCUUUUCUCCUCCACAGCAGGGUCGUAUGACCAUGUUGUGUGACUUCAGCUAUUAUCUCUACCAACCAUAAAAGCCAAUGGUUGCCAAUGGUGGAUGGUGAGGAAGAUGGGCUUGUGUUGUUUGAUGAUGAUUGGUUCCUCCAGUUCCUGAUUCAACCUUCCACACCCCAAGAAAAGUAAAAAACUAGGCUUUUUCCUAGCCAUUUAUAGCUUAUCCACCCAUGUAUUAGUUGCAGUCCUGCAAUCCUUCUUCCUCAUCUCUCACACACCUCACCAGUUCUGUGAUCUGUGUUCUCCCUGGGGAAGAAAGAGAGAGGUCUGGUGCUGGUGGUGCUGAGGAGUCGGUAGGUUCGGGGGGAAAGAAAGAUCAUGAUGCGCUGAACAGGAAACAUCCCCACCACUUCAUGCUUACCUCCAUCGUCUUCUCCUCACCGUUUCAGCGAAGCUUACUUCUUGGGCUUCUGCCACUUGGAGUGGUGUGCAACCGCCAACCGAACCUUGGAGCUGCAUUGAAGCUCUGUUCUCUCGGUUCCGGCUUUCUGAUGCCAUUCUUCUUCCUCAUGUCAUUCUUCCCCGUCAUCGUCCUGCUAUCCAAGUCGCUUCCUUUACAGCCCCUGCCUCCAUGGGCAGGUGAGGUGAGACUGCUCUCCAUCUUGUUCUGGCGAGAAUUAUCAGCUGCUCUGCUGCUUUUUUUCGACAAGUUUCGGCCCGUUAGCGCUCGAAAACUCGCUGCUCCAUCGUCACCCACGAUGUCUCCGAGGAAGAGAUGUGCCCACAGGGUGGAUAAUGUGGAGGAAUCGGGGGAGAUGUCGGUCUUGGACUUGCCGGAGUUGGCCUUGGAGUGCAUCCUCGGGAAGCUGUCGCCGGCCGGAUUGUCGAACAUGGCGGCAGUUUGUAGCUCUCUGAGGGAGAGGUGCAGGAGUGACCACCUCUGGGAGAAGCACAUGGAAGAGAAAUGGGGGAGAGUGAUCGGCCACGCAGCGCGCAGAGAGUGGAAGCUGUUGUUGGCUUCGAUCAAGAACUCUUCGGCGAGCAACAGCUGCAGGAAGUGGAUUGGGGCGCUCUCCUGUGUGUGGCCUAUUUCCUGGCUCAAGUCUAGGAUUGAUGGUGGAUGCCAGAACAGGAGCCCUUUGCCUGAUGACUCCAUUAUGUCUUGGUAUCGGUCACUGGAGAGCGGCGGAUUCUGGUUCCCAGCUCAGGUUUACAACCGUGAGCAUGGGCAUGUGGGGUUUAUGUUAUCCUGCUAUGAUGCAGAAGUCAGAUAUGAUCGCCAGACAAACUCUUUUCAUGCAAGGUACCCACCCCAUGGACGACGAACUAUAGUCGUAGAGGAGGGAGUGCAGUGGGACAGGCUGAGGGCACCUCCUGUCAACACUCCUCCUCAUGAUCUUCACAUCUCGGAUUGCCUCAGUGAUUUACGCCCAGGCAAUCAUAUCGAGAUUCAAUGGAGGAGGAACAAAGAGUUUCCAUAUGGCUGGUGGUAUGGAGUCAUAGGUCACUUGGAAUCUUGUAAUGGAAAUGAGCAUUAUUGCAGUUGUCAUCUUAGUGAUACUGUUGUCCUGGAAUUCAACCAGUACACGCUCGGUUCAAGAUGGCGACGAGCAUCAAUUAGUCGAAAGCAUCACAGAGAAGAAGGUAACGAAACGGAUGGAUUCUACGGAGGAAUCAGAAAACUCCACGGCAAGGAUGAAAUCUCUAAGUGGAGACGGCUGUGGCCAACAGAUGCUCUGGAAUAGAGUUCGUUCAAGUCCUGUUCAAGCAUCAUCUGUGCAUAUUUUUAUUCCUUUGUGCCUAAAUAGUCAUCGGGGUCUUUCUACCACAUGAAACUUGUUUGGCCUUAAGGUUAAUCCUGAAGUACCUAUCAACUGUUCAUGUGAGCUCAGAAUGAGAAGAGAUGAUUAGUAGCCAAACAUAGCUGAAGAGGCAUCAGAUGUGGUACAUGUAACUCCAAGCUCAUGCAGAUUACAUAUUGUAGCUUAGAACACAAGCAAUUCAAUAUAAAUUACAUGUUUAGCUCUUCA